UUCGGAGCUAACGUGUUAGCAUCGUGCUUGUCUGCACAUCGAGGCAGAAGAAACAUGCCCCUGACUGGAAGGAUAGACAGAAAGUCAAUAAUACUACUAUUACUUCUACUAUCAGGAGACACUGAACUCAACCCUGGACCUGCAACAACACGGUUAAUGUUGUCCCGACUGGCGAAGACUAGCAAUGCUACUGCUAGCGUCGCCAUCGAAGCUAACUCGGCUACCGGCUCGUCUCAGCUCAAGCUCACCUGUGCUCCUACGGUCGGCGGCUCGGCGGAGGACUUCGCCCCGUUCAUCGACACGGUCGGAGGCUCGGCGGCGGCGGUGGAGGACGACCCAGUCAUCAGAGAAGGCAGCGACUCAGCGGCGGUGAACGACGCGGCGGCUGCGGUGGACGGCGACCCAGACAUCGGUGAUUGCGGGGAACUGCACGAGAUGGCGGGGGUCCACGCGACCUCUCCCCGGUCCCGGACGGCCGAGGACGCGCCAUACACAGGAUUUAGAGGCGCCUUUACACAAACAUUUUCGUUAUUCUCUUUCUCUUUGUCUUCAAAAAAGCCCGCCAAAAGGAAACCCAACCCAUCCCCCAGCAACCCUACCUGGCCUCCUCCUCCCUCUCCCUCCCCUCCCCCUUUCUCUCCCUCCCCCUUCACCUGGAGGACGACCAAUAUGCCUCUCUCUCCUCUCUCUCCUUGCUCUUCAACUGCAACAGCAAUAAUAACCAACAAUUUUUCUGGUCAGUACCACAACACAGCGGACUCUGAUGCUCUUUUUGGUUCCAGUGGACUACACAUCAUCCACCUUAAUGUGAACAGCCUCUCUGGAGCCAAACUCGACCAAAUCAGAGAAAUGUUCCUCAACACGAAGGUGAAGAAGGACCGCCUUCUCCUCUCCAGCCAAUGGGCUCACUCUUUUGCUCAGUCUGACCAAUCGGAUUCCUUCCUUCCUCCGACACACCUUCUACACGUUAACUGGUAA